AUGGCGCUGAAGACCCUCCUCCCGUUCAGCCUGUUCCCUGGCUUCAGUGAAAUGGACCGCAUUCACAAAAUGCUGAUUGGUCCAGGGGUUGGGCUAGCCACGCCCCCUAUGAGGAAACCCAGCUCAUCGUGUGUUGUGUGCCGACUGAGGUUCAACUCGGAGAGUCAGGCCUCAUCCCAUUACAGCGGUACCAAACACUUCAAGAGGCUCAAAGCCCUCGACCCACUGGACUGCAAGACCAGAGCCCCUGAUGCAGUCAGCAAGAGCCCUGUCUCUCCCUGCCCUGUGCCACCCAGCUCAGACUACAGUUCAACAGAUGUCACAUUCGGACCCGUGUUUUCACCACCCUCUGCCUCUGGGGUGGCGCCAUCGACCUGCAGCCCAGCAGUUUCGAUGGAGACGCCCACUGAUCCCUCUCUGUCGCCCUGUCCCAUGGUGGAGAAGGAGAAGGAGAUGGAAGGAGCGGUGGAGGAGGUCGGAGAGUCAGAGGAAGAGAAGGCUAAGAGACUGCUCUACUGUUCUCUCUGCAAGGUGGCCGUCAACUCUUCAUCCCAGCUACAGGCUCACAACAGCGGCACGAAACACAAAACAAUGCUGGAGGCCAGGAGCGGCGACGGAGCCAUAAAGUCAUUCCCCAGGUCAGGGGUCAAAGCCAAGCUGGCCCCUCCCACCGAGGUGUCAACGGGGCUCCAGAACAAAACUUUCCACUGUGAGAUCUGCGAUGUUCACGUCAACUCCGAGACACAACUCAAACAGCACAUCAAAAGUAGAAGACAUAAAGACCGAGCAGCAGGGAAGCCAGCCAAGCCCAAGUUUAGCCCGUAUGGUCUACCGCCCCAACGCAACCAGUCAGUUGGGAUCGCUCUGAGGAAGGAGCAGGACUUGGCGAAGCCUCUCGCCUCGUGCCUCUUACAGCGCCAUCUCUCCCUUGCUGCUGCUGCUGCCAUGGCAACCCUGUCCCCGUUUCAUUUGCGCCCUGCCCCUACACCUGGCCCUGCCCUCUUUCAGAUUCAGGCCCUCCCCCAGACCUUGUUACAUCCCGCCCCAGGACCUUUCCGUACGGCACAUACAUCAGUUCUGUUCUCACCGUACUGACCCAGACCUGCACCAGACUUGGCCCAUACCUGACCCAGACCCGUAUCAGAUGGACCAAAACCCAACAGAACCUGUGGGACCAGUGCAGACAAAUUAUGGUCUGAAAAGUGUGCAUGUGUGUGUUUGU